CGAACACACUUUUCCGCAGGUCAAAUUGCAUAUUCAUAAGGGAUAAUAAAAAAAUCCAGGAAUUAUCUGUUUCGUUAGAAUUUGACGUCAUCUGCAUCAUUGCAAAGUUUACGAAAUAAAUUACCCGGCAAAAAUCAAUAAAUAUGAUUAGAUCUCCAUUUCAAAAAAGUGGAUUGUUCAGAUCCAAUUCUAUACCUGACCAGAUCUACUUAAACUUGAUGUGGAGAUUGUUGCAAUGAUAAGUUGGAUCUGACCUACUCUUAUAAGAUCAGAUUCCAUCUGAUUCGAUGUAAUUAGAUCAAAUCAGAUUUAAUGAUUUUUUUUCUUGGGGACGAUAUUAUUUAUAUCUAAAACACAAUGAGGAUCAAUAAUAAUAGACAAGUAUGUGUUUGUGUAUUACUUUAACACUCCCUUUAUUUCUUGGAUUGACCGUUAAACAAGUUUUUUUGUAAUUAAUAAAUUCGUACUAUUAGCCCUCAUUACCCGGUGGAUAAAGUUAUUUGUGUAGAAGUUUCGUGAAGUUAGCCGUAUGAGUAUCGAUUAGAGUUAUGCAUCUGAUUGUUCCUGGUACAGACUACAGUUCAUCCAUGUAGGAGUAUCUGUGAUUGGAUACACUGAAUAACUACAUAGCUGUUCCUGGACUGUUUAUCCAGUGUUGUAGAUUGAACAAAGUUUUGAAAACGCCAAAACAUGAUGGAGGGUUUUACGAGAGGGACUAACAGACAGUUUGAGAAUGAUGCAAGUGGUCAGGAUAUACGAUAUAAACUAACUCGUGAUUCUCAUCCUUACAAUAGUGUGUCAACAGAAGAAGAAAAAGAAGAAGAAACUUUUCUUAUCAGACAAAAGUUGUGGUAUAUACGUUUAGCAUAGCAUUUCAAAGAAAUGUCUUCCGAACGAUCCAGGAAUACAAUACCUACCUAUUGGGGUACUCUAUUUGCAGUGUUUGUAGUUAUUGGAAUCUUGGUGGUGAAUUAUAUUACACGAUGGAAUCUACCUACAGCGCUAACUGUAGAAUCCCUGAGGACUGCUGAAGAGGGUGAUGAUCUUUUUAUAGCUGAGAGGGCCAGAGCUGACAAUAUAGGCCUUACUAAAAUUGGUGACAGAGUAGUAGGAAGCUAUGAAAAUGAAGUUCUCGCCGUAGAAUACCUGCAAAAUCUUCUGCUACAAAUUCAGGACCAAGCGAUCAACAAUAAAAGUGUUCAAAUCAGUAUUGAAACUAGCAGUGGUGGUUACUACUUGUCGGGUACACGUGGUUUAACUAACAUGUAUGCCAAUGUUACAAAUGUAGUAGCCAGAUUAUCUGAUGUCAAAAUGAAAGACUAUGCUCUCCUUGUCAAUUGUCAUUUUGACAGUCAUUUAUUAGCACCUGGAGCUGCUGAUAAUGGCCUAAACUGUGCUGUGAUGCUAGAAGUUUUGAGAGUAUUGUCCAGAAGCAGAACCACUCUAAAAUACGAUGUAGUCUUUCUUUUUAAUGGCGCUGAGGAAAACCCACUUCAAGGUUCACAUGCAUUUAUCACCACCUCCAAAUGGGCCAAUAUUGUUAAAGUUGUCUUAAACUACGAUGCCGCAGGAAAUGGUGGCAGAGAAUCACUAUUUCAAGAUGGUCCAGGGAAUAGUUGGUUGACGGCAUACUAUGCAUCAGUGGUACCACAUCCUUCAGGAUCUUCAAUACUUACAGACGUUUACGAGUCCGGCCUUAUUCCGUCGAAUACAGAUUUUGUAAUCUUCCGAAAGUUCGGCAAUAUACCUGGUCUGGAUAUGGCACACGGUUUAGGAGGAUAUAUUUAUCACACAUCACUGGAUGACUAUCAUAGGAUUCCAAAUGGUACUUAUCAAAACACUGGGGACAAUAUGAUGGCUCUUGUUAAGGCAUUAGCCAAUGCCGAAGAACUUGAAACAGC